AUGGAUGAAAAUUCGUUAGCCACGACAAAAAUAUGUGUUGUUUGUAGCAAUGCUGGUGUUUAUUUUAACAGUUGCUUAUUUCGAGCUACGGGCUUACCAACUGAAUUUAUUUUCAAAGUUUUGGUUGAAAAGAUGGGGUUUCCAGAUAUCAAGUCAAGGAACAAAACUCGCGACACGCAAGGUGCAGCAAACAACGUGAUGGAUUGCAAUAUCAUGAAGCUAGGAUGUAGUGAGUGGUGGAAUAAAAGAUCCAAAAGGGUAGCUACUUUGGAGUUUGAUCGUGUUAGAAAGUCGAUGAGUGUUAUUGUUCGUGAACUAGAUGGUCAACAUCGGCUUCUUGUCAAGGGUGUUGUUGAGAGUUUAUUGGAGCAAAGCUUGUUUAUGCAACUUGCAGAGGGAUCUCUUGUUCCAAUAGAUGAUCAAUGUAAGGGACUACUUUUUCAAAGACUCCAUGAGAUGAGUUCGAAGGGGUUGCGUUGCUUGGGUUUGGCAUGUAAAGAUGAGUUGGGAGAGUUUUCAAAUUAUUCCACAGACACUCAUCAUGCACACAAGAAAUUGCUUGAUCUAACACACUAUUCAUCCAUUGAAAGUGAUUUCAUUUUUGUCGAUGUUGUUGGUUUAAGAGAGCCUCCUAGAGAGGAAGUUUAUAAAGCAAUUGAGGAUUGUAAGCAAACUGGUAUUAAAGUUAUGGUGAUAGCUGGGGAUAAUAAAUCAACUGCCGAGGCAAUUUGUACUAAAAUCAGACUUUUCUCUGGAUAUGCAGAUCUUACAGAUCAAAGUUUGACAGGUACAUAA